AUGACAAAAAAUUAUUGGAAAGAAACUUAGGCUUUUUGUGAAUAGUUUAAUUCAGAGUUGAAAGGAUUUAUGUAAUUCAUAAAAAAAGAAGGUAAAUAAUUCAUGAGAAAACAUACACUCAAUUUAAUAGUAGAGAUGAAGGUGGAUUUGAGAUAAUAAUAUUUUGAGAAUAUAAGAAAUUAAAGAUACUUCUUUGAUCGGAGGAAAUUUUGUAAGAUGCAAUUUCAAUAGAUCCUAAUUUGA